ACAGAGAAAGAAAACAUAGAGAAAAUGCGAGAGCGAGUGCGAGUGCGAGUGCGAGCGAGCAGGUGCUUGCGUGCUUCAUAUGUUCGCCAGUUCGUUCGUGCGUCGAGGGGAGGCUUCAGCGUUUAUGGAUUACUCAUGUGACAGAGACUGGGUAUUGAUAUUGAUAAAGCGUUGCGUGACGAGAAGCGGGAAUUUAAUUGGUGGUGUAAAGUAAACGGGGAAAGAAACCGUCCUUUCCUCUAGAUCUAGAACAUAAAACGCUCCUGGAGACUUGUUUGUUGGCAUAAAGGCAUUGAUUGUUACAUGUACAGUCGUGUUAAUGGCCUCUGAGAAUUGUGGCGUGUAAUCACUCUCUAUCACUGUAGCGCUUGCAUUCCUGCGUAUUAUCCAAACGCUUGUAUGCGGAGGUUGGGAAGUUAUGCAACACAUUGACUUAGAAAUGGAAACGAAAAGUGAUCGUCCGAUGCCUAACGGGACACUUUCUUAUCCAUAGAUUCAUUUAAAAAAAUCUUUGAUCAAAGGCAGAAGCCUAUGAUAAUGAACGUUAUAUAAAUGAAAUUCUGAAUUUAUGACAUUAAGCUAGUGUGCAUGUCUGCUGGCAGUAGAGAAAGUGUGCCGCAUCAACGCUGCCUCGCUAAUCCCAGCUAGCUUGUCCCGGCGUAGUAAUUGAACUGUGGCGCAGCUGGCCCGUAGACUCAUGUGCAGGUCCACGAAAUAACCACCACUACUUAUACGCCUCCGGCACCAUCAGACUAUUAGUGCUUUGAGCGAACUUCACCUAAAAUAAUCCUUAUAUCAUCCCGGCGCAUCUCUGUCGCAGCCAACGCCACCGGAAAAAAAUUCUUCCUGCCCGGCGCCACAAACCAGGACCGCCAUUACUCUGGACGUAGUCUUUUUGGCCGCCAAAGAGUACUUUCUCCGUAAUAUCACUGGUAGGCGGCGCGCGGUAGCCCUGUUCCAGUCUGUCGCCACCAGACAGCUUCCCUUCGCUCCGGCGCCACGAGGCAGCUUCUGCUCCAUCUUGGUGCCACCAGACGACGGGCAGUUCCAUCUCGGCGCCAGCGGAGCGUCGAUGCUUCACCUCAGCGUCGCAGGAUAGCUCUUGUUCAGUCUGUCGCCAGCCGAUACGGCAUUUAUCUGCUCGGCAUCUCCCGGACGCCCUGCUCCAUCUCGGCAACGGAGGAGAAUAUUAACUCGCGUCCCGUGGUACCAGACAGAACUCCAGGGUUUGGCACCGACGGUCCUCGCCUGGGAGCGGCGUCGCCAGGAGAGUGGACCUGCGUCGAGUCGUUCGAGGGUGAGGCGCGGGAAGUGAGGUGGUGAGCAAGUAGCCCCAGGUGUGCUUAAAGGUGUGGCAGGGUGGUGUAACAGGGGAAGCCCCGGGGUGCGGUGGGGGUGUGGCGAGAACCCAAACCCCGGGGUGUGGUGGUGGUGGUGCGGAGCGGUGUUGGUACGGUGGUGGGAGAGCGGCGCGGUGCCGCUGGAGGGGGAGGCCAAUAUGCCACGGGGGGCGCAGUCUCCCCGGAGGGUCCAGAGUGUGUACGUGGGCGGGUGCCGGCCCACCUCGCCCGAUCUCGUGCUCGUGCCCGCGGAGGCCAGUCCGCCCACGCCCCGCGAGCGCCACGCCCACGCGGUGGUAGUGCCUCGGCCGGUCAGCUUAGCCAGUGAUGCCCAAGCUGCCGCUUACCUAUACUCGUGCCACGCCCCGUAUGCCAGAUACUAUGUGAGCACGCCUCCCCCCUGCCUGGGCGUCACGUGCAGGAUGAAGGAAGCCGAGCGCUCCCCCUCCCCCGGCGUGGGCAACGGCCGCACGGGGCCUCGCGGCUCCGUCGCCUCCCUCAGCUCCCUCGGGGGCAGCUCCCACGACGAGCUCUUCCGCUCCCCCAGGCACGCGGAGGCGGCGCUGCGGCGCAUGGAGGCCUACUAUGCGCGAGGACAACUGUGCGACGUUACGCUCGUGGCUGGAUCCCGCCGGAUCAGAGCCCACCGUCUUGUGCUUAGUGCUGCCAGUGAUUAUUUUGCUGCCAUGUUUACCUCACCUGUCCUGGAGGCAACACAGGAAGAGGUGGUUAUGAGAGACAUGGAUUCUGAUGCUCUUCAGACCCUUAUCAACUACUGCUAUACAGGAACAUUGGAACUUCAUGAGGACACAGUGGAAGUAGUUCUGUCAACAGCCCAUCAUUUACUUCUGACUGAGGUAGUAGAUGUGUGCUGUGACUUCCUCACCAAACAACUCCAUCCAGCAAAUUGCCUUGGAAUACAGCUGUUUGCAGACACUCAGGGAUGCUCAGAGCUGCACCGAAUCGCUUCUACAUAUACUGCUGAACAUUUCCAAGAAGUUACACAACACCAAGAGUUCCUGCAGUUGCCCACUGAAGAGGCUGCAAGACUUCUGGCCUCUGAUGACCUCAAUGUACCCUCUGAAGAAUUGAUUUUCCAGGCACUUGUGACUUGGCUGAAGUACGACUUAGAGAACCGUUCAAAAGACAUGGCCCGUCUUUUAGGGCUUGUGAAGUUGCCGCUUCUCUCACCUCAGUUCCUGGCAGACCACAUAGAGACCAAUUUGCUUUUUAAAGAAGACCGUGAAUGCCAAGACCUGAUUGUAGAAGCCCUCAAGUACCACCUGUUGCCUGAAAGAAGAUCCACGCUCCAGUCGCCCCGCACCAAACCACGGAAAUCCACCGUUGGGGACCUUUAUGUUAUUGGGGGCAUGGACUCCAAUAAGGGUGGGUGGAGAGGAAGUUCUACAGGCAUUGAAAAGUACAACCUCCGAACAAACACGUGGAACACAGUGGGAACUAUGACGGGCAGGAGGCUGCAGUUUGGAGUGGCCGUUCUGGAUGGCAAAUUGCACGUAGUUGGAGGGAGAGAUGGCUUCAAGACCCUGAAUACCGUUGAAUGCUACGAACCAACAACAAAUGUCUGGACACAGCUGCCUCCCAUGUCCACUCAUAGGCAUGGCUUAGGAGUGGGUGUUCUCGAGGGACCUUUAUAUGCUGUUGGAGGGCAUGAUGGAUGGAGUUACCUAAACACUGUUGAACGUUGGGAUCCCCAAGCAAGGCAGUGGAGUUAUGUUGCACCCAUGUCAACUGCCAGAUCCACUGUUGGAGUGGCUGUGUUGAAUGGAAGACUAUAUGCAGUAGGUGGAAGAGAUGGAUCAUCUUGUUUAAGGACAGUAGAAUGCUAUGAUCCCCACACAAACAAGUGGACUCCAUGUGCUCCCAUGGCCAGGAGAAGAGGUGGUGUUGGGGUGGGAGUAGUGAACGGAUUCCUCUAUGCUGUGGGAGGGCAUGAUGCGCCUGCUUCAAACCCAUGUGCUUCCAGAUUUGACUGUGUUGAAAGAUAUGAUCCUGCUACUGAUACAUGGACACAGGUUGCAUGUCUAAGUUUAGGCUGUGAUAGUGCAGGGGUGAGUCUGCUGGGUGACCGUCUGUUUUGCGUUGGAGGUUAUGAUGGACAAACCUAUCUCAAUCUUGUGCACGCUUAUGACCCACAAACCAAUGAGUGGACACAGAUGGCUCCAUUGCCCACAGGACGUGCUGGGGCUUGUGUCGUAGUUGUCAAGAACACUCACUGACCCAGGUUUUCCUAUACUGGAGUCUAGAGCUACUUCCAUUAAUGGGUACUACAGGGCACUCACAUGGAAAACUGCAUAAGACACCAAGCAGUAGAGAUAUUUUGGAUAUGAAUCUGCAUUAGUGUCUUUUGCAAUGUUUGAUAGAUUUUUUGAAAUGUUUUAUGCAUUUUGAAAGAGGCUUUAUGAUGAUGAGACUUUUUUUUGCAUUUAUUAUACUGUUCCAUCAAAUUAUUUUAUGAUAUAUAGAGUAUAGCAGUAUAGCUGAAGAACAGUCUCAGUGCAAUACCACCAGUGAUUUUUAUCUUCAAGUUAUUAAACACAAGGAAAGAAUGUUGUAGUCUUAUAAUGAUCCAGAUCUCAGCUGAGAUUCAGAUUAAAUUUUGCUUUAUUAU